GUUUUUUUCGUUUUUACCAGGGCUUUGGCUUUUCUUAGAUCUGCGUGUGGAACAGCUUGAGGUUUUGUACCUGAGUUCAGCAGGUGAUGGAACUGCAGAGACCUGACAUUGAAUCAGUUGGAAACGAAAGCUUGGAGAACUGGCAGUUAAUUGACUCUGGUGGAUUUGGUCAAGUCUUCAAGGCUAGACACAAGAAGUGGAGGUGUGACGUGGCCAUUAAGCUACUUCAACAUGCUGCUGGCACUAGGGACAUAGAACUGUGUGAGGAGGCAAAUCAUAUGGCCAAAGUCUCCUUACACAGUUCUGUGCUGAGGCUUUAUGGAAUAUAUAGGGGAUGUCCACCAAAUGGAGGGCAGAACAUUCAGUUGGGAAUUGUUAUGGAGCUCAUGGAUAGAGGAUCUGUUCAAACCCUGCUGGAGACUUUGUCAGGUCCACCACCAUGGCCUCUGGCCUUCCGCUUGGCCUACGAAAUCGCUCAAGGAAUGAACUUCCUCCAUGAGAAGAACAUUUUGCACCAUGACCUAAAGCCAAGCAAUGUACUGCUGGAUGAUGACCUUCAUGCCAAGCUGGCAGAUUUUGGUCUGUCCAGGGUUUCCACCAGUGUUCUGAUGAGCUCUGAAGAAAUGUCCACAGUGAAAGGAGGCACAUGUCAGUACAUGCCUCCAGAGUCUUUUGAUCCAUCAUAUAAGCCUGUUCGUAAAUUCGACAUAUACAGCUAUGGUAUUCUUCUGUGGUCUAUUAUUUGCGGGAAAAAGCCUUUUCCAGAUGCUACUCUAGCUCUUUUGGCACUGAAGAUCCCAAAGGGGGACAGACCUCCCUGUAAAGAAAUAGACCAGACAAAGGCAGAAGGGCUGAGAGAGCUGGUUGGCCUCAUGAAGAGGUGCUGGGAUGGAGAUCCAUCCCAGAGGCCAGACUUUGGAGAGUGUGAUGAAAUCACUAAGGAUGUGUUCUCAAAGCACAGGGCGGGGAUUCACCAGGCAGUCGGACAAGUCAUGAAAAAAUUGGAUUCACAACAUGGUAAUCAAUAUCCUGACACAUGUGGUCCACUCGGUGUUAAUCAUGAGAUGCCAGGACAGUCAGAGUCAAAUGAUAAAGUUGAUGGAAGAACUGAAAUGCAGAAUAUGCAACUUGGUCAUCAAGAUUCCAACAUGUCACGUCCAUCUGGUUUCACUGCUGAGAUGCCAGGACCGCCAGCAUCAAAUGAUACUGUGGACAUCCCAUUGCAGCAGAAUAAUGUGAGCAGUUCUGCUAGAAAUCUGACUGAAAAUGAAAAAGCAGCAGACUUUGUUGAUAAAAACAGGGCAACGUUAAUCAAAGAAGUUUCUGAAGUGCUGGCGAUAGCAGAAGAGCUUGGAGACCUGGUCCAUCCUGAAGCCUAUUCAAAUAUUCGAGCUAAACCGACAAGUCAAGAUAAAAUGAGGGAGCUCUUUCAAAGAACACUGCGUUCAGGAGGGUGGAGGGUCAAAGCAGCCUUCUUUGAUGCCCUUAAAAAACAUCAUCCAAAACUAGUGGAGAGGCUUGGUGGCUAGUUCAAAGGAAGAGAAAGAGGAAAGAAGGAAGAAAAAGAAGAGACAAUGGUGUCAAUCCUAUAAUCAUCCCAUUUAUUAGGGAUGAGUUGGACAGCCUUAUCAGGAUCCUUUGUACAGAUUUGUAUACAAAGUGAAUUACACCGGUUUCCUAGACAGACUGUCUUUGUUGUCCUGUUACUAAGAAUCUUCACUCUAAAAGAAAGAGGGAUGUGAGAGACAAAUAAAAAUCCAGCAAGCAAGAACACACCACACCUAUUAACACCAGCUGAAACAGCAAGCCAUCAUGGGAUAUGAGUGAAUACUCCUCAGUUUACUUAAAGAAAGGGGUUUGCUUAAUGCGUGACACAGAUCAUUGUCCUAUUGUGCUUUGCAAGCACUAGUUCUUUGUGCUUUCAAAGGAUUGUGUUGGACGUUAAUAGUCUGCAUUAAAAAAACAUUUUAAUUGGGCUUUUUAAUAUUUUACUGUUAAACCUUCUUACAAGGACCUGUAUUUUAUCAACAUGUUUAGACAUAAAAACUAAAAUUGAUAUGUAUUUGCCUACUCAGUAGAAUUGCUUAUUUUGUACUCUAUACACAGAUGUUCUGCUGAUUUUACUUUAAAUGAUCAUCUGUCUCUCUGUUAAUGAUAAUAAACUCAUGCUACCCAUCAA